AUGGAAAAUGUUUUAGGUGGGCCCAAGAUUUCCAAGGGAUCGUACACACGACAGUCGUUCUUGUCGCUACGAAAACUGGGUUCUAAAAAACCGCAAUUGGGAAUGCUGUCAUCUAGAACUUCGUCUUCGCAGUUGAAGUUAAACUUGUUAACGGACGGAAAACGCUGGGAAAUUUUAGAGGAUUACGGACUGGAGGAAUUGCGAGAUGGAUUUUUUGACCCUGUUUUCACGACAUAUGAACCUGUGACAGACGAAGAUGCAGACGACAAAUCGACGACGACAUCCCAAAAAGUCUAUGCUCAUCCCCAGCCAUGGUGCUUGAAACAAUUUCAUAAAUUCAAGAAAAAUUGGCAACGUAUUUUGAAGUUUUGGAUGGCUUUUUUCGCUGCAUUUUGUAUUUGCUUGGUGCGUCCCGCUGGCUCAUGGGUAGGCCACAGACACCGCUAUUUUCUACCACUCGCGGUUGUCAUACACCAUCCUGCGCGGAAUGUAGGAGUUCAGCUUGAGAUUUGCAUAUGGUCGAUUGUGGGGGCAGCGCUGGGAAUGGGAUGGUCAAGCCUGGCGUGGUACAUUUCAGUGGCGACCAGACCAGCCGCGAACUACCAGGGCGGAAUAUUUUUCGCAAGUUUAUUCAUCGCUAUUUAUCUAUCAUCGUGGCUAAUGGCAUCAAAUCAGAGGCUACUUUACUUGGCGCUAUCUUUCGGUAUAGCCAUCACGUAUCUCCACGCUGUCAGCUUGGUGGACGAUUUUGUCUCACUCGAAUGGAUGUUUUAUUGGGACUUUGGAAUCUCCUACCUGUUUGGACUAUUGCUUUCCCUUUUGGUGUGCGUUACAAUCUUUCCACACGCCGGCCAAUCAGAAGUGGUUGGCAAAUUUUCCGCGUCCAUAAGUGCCAUAAAGCUUUUACUGGUCGCAUUUCUUUCGACAGAGGAGUGCUCAGAUGGUGAUAAAAUUCACUUACUGCUGAAGGCUAUCGGUAGAAAGGUCGAUUUCGAUGUCUCAGAAAGCAUGCGUGAGUUCAUCGAUCAAAUUACAGUUACCAGAAUCGACCAGAGAUUCUUACUAGAGUUUAGAAAUACGAUUACUAACAUGGCGGCACCCCUGAGGUCCUUACCAAUUGACCAUCAGCUAGUCACAAAGCUAGAACUGGAGAAGUUUUAUGAACAGUGUCACAAUAAAUUUCAGAACUGUAAUUCUGAAAUUGUGACAGAAAACUCAACAAAUAGCUUUCCUGUGCCUCUAUCAGAAAGCACAGCUCCUCCAUCCAAUGUGGUGGCUUCGGGCUUGUCUGUCGAUCAAGAGGUUUUUGCCAGUGUAUUGAGGUCAACAUUCUCUGACGACAUAAUUUCUUUAAUAGUGGAGAUGAUAGCAUUGUUGGAGACUAUCGAAUUGUUUUUUAAACAACUCAAAAACAUGGGUGGCAGUAACUCUCCAAGUUCUGAACUAAAGCUUACACGCCAAAUGAAUAAGUUAAGACGUGAGAUUUUCAAACUUGAUCAAUCUUAUAGGGAUUUUACAAAAUCCGAGUAUUUCAGCAAAGAACUGCUUUCGGAUCCACAAGCAAUCGAUUCUUUUCUGUUUCUCAGAUACAUGAGACAGAGUGCAAAGUAUUUAAUCCCUGUAGCAUCGUGUGUCAAAGCUAUGAGUUCCAAUUUGCGUUGGCGAAUCUCCUUCCCACGCUACUCAUUGCAUCGUGCACUUAAAAGACUACCUAAAGAGUGUAGUAUCGAUCAAGGAGCAAAGACUCUUCUACAGUACUAUCAGGCGAAGGCUGAUGUAGACGAUGUUUUUGAGCAGCUAUACCACAGCUAUACCUCGAAUCACGAAAAUACAGCAUCGUCGCCAAACGAUGACAGAACAAUCCGUGCAACAAUCAGAGCUGUUGAUCACAAAGAUUUUAGUCUUCACACAACUAGCCAUUGGUUGCGCUACAGGCUGUGGGUUUGGAGCUCAGAGAUCACCUCUAAUGACAGCAAGUGGGCUCUCAAGAUUGCUUUUCUCGUGACGUUUUUGGCUCUUCCCGGCUGGUUGCCUACCUCCCAUAAUUGGUAUGAAAAGUAUCAGUGUUGGUGGGCUCCACUUGUCUUCUUCAUUUUGGUGAAUCGCAGGAACACAGGUAAUUGGGCUUCUUUUUCGAGACGUCUUGUAUGUUCAGUCUUAGGAAUAUUUGGAGGUUGGUGCGCCAAUCAAGCACGGCACUUUGGGAACCCAUACGUGAUAGCAACAUUUGCUUCAAUCUUUUGCCCCAUCCUGUCAUUCAAUUUUUUUGCAAAUGGUAAUAGAAAGUCCAGCUUCACUGGUAUUUUAUGCUUUACGGUGAUUGCGUUGGAGUCAUAUGGAAAAGGAGAAUCCGACCUUAACACAGCUGAAAUAUGGAAAAACACUUGGAUUACUGGGGCUGCGCUUUUGUGCGGGAUCCUGCCUUCGAUCCCCGUGAACUGGAUUAUAUGGUCGUUCACUGCGCGCCAUGAAUUAAGAAUGUCAGUAGCAUCGCUUCUCGCACACAUUGGCCAGUCGUAUCAAAGCGUAGCAGAUAGGUAUCUCUACAGAGACGCUGAUGAUGCCCCUACAGAAGUUACUUUGAGGUAUUCAAACAUCCGUGAGGUUCGAAUGUCCCAAAGUUUAAUCGCAGUCAAGGAAAUGCUUCGGAAAGCGCGAACCGAGCCAAACUACAUAUUUGUCUUCAAGGCGGAUGUCUACCAGCAGCUUCUCGAUGGUUGUGAGCUCCUACUAGAGAAAAUGAUCCAGGCUAGGAUAUCUGGUCAAUAUUUCGAGGUUUGGGAACAAGACAAGAAUAGCAGCAUCUCCAGAGCGCUCCUAUCAUUACGUCGGGAUAGUGUAGCAGCUGUAAUUUUUGUUUUGUAUAUGUUAUCAAAUUGCUUUACUUCCAAGCAUAAGGUUCCCAUAUAUUUGCCCAACCCAAUUAUGUCGCGAAAGAAGCUAUUCGACUUCAUUACCAAGUUUGAGUCAACUGGUCCCUCUCGAACAUCUACCAUAGCUGGAAAACGCGAUCCAAACUUCAAAGAGCUAAGCGCUGAUGAUGAAGACAAUGAGGACGAUAGAUCGCAUUGGACUCUCAUCCAUGGGAUGGCAUUUACGCGCGCCUUUACCGAGAUUAGCGAGAUUGUGCAAAAGCUAAUCUACCUCAGCAGGGAAAUUCUAGGGGAAGAAACAUGCUUCUGA